AUGGUGCUCUCGCCAAAUAGGCUUGGCGAGCUGGUCAAAGAGAUUUCUUUGUCAUCGUUCGUCGCGGCAUUAGAGCCUGUUGCCGUGAUGCUUCUUAUCGUCGUCUGGAAAAGGGUUCGUCCAGUAGGGAUAACUCGUCCGCCUUUGGUGAUGUGGAGCUUGCGUCGCGGCGAUUCGAACAGCGAAAUCUUGCAUGGGCGCGGUAGUCGCGGCGUUGUCCGCCUGUUCUGGUGCCGCAAAGGUACGUCGAGAUGGAUAAUUGUUGUACUCUAUGAUAAGCUUGCCGAGAUGGAGGGGACAAAACAAGUUUGGCCAACUUUCGCCGGGAUGCUGAUGGAAACCUCGUUAGCUGGAGGAAGUUCUUCGAGAGAGGAGAAUGCGAAUGCCGAGAUGGGGUCUGGUCCGGAUGCUUCCAAGAUCAAAGCUGCUUUAGCCCCCUUCUUCCUCACUCGUUUUGCUGAACUUUUGUCAUCGGGGCGAAUGUUAUCGAUGAGAUAA